GUGUUGGCGGACAACCUGUGGAUGGUGGCAGUGGGCAACCCGCUGGACAAGGACAUCAUCUUCAAGGGGGACAAGGCCUACAACCGGGCGCUGGCACGCAACCUAUGUCGUCUUCGGACAACAGAUGCUUCCAUUGCUCAGGUCUCAACCACACUCGUAAAGACUGUCCUCACAUCGUCAAACAUGAAUGAGGAGAGCACGAAGGUGGCCAAGGUGAAGGGCAGUGACAGCAAGCCGACUACCCCGGAACGGGUGGGAGGUCAAAACAAAAACAAGGAGGCGAACGACGUGGAGCCGGAGAAGCAGGUGAAGGAGGAUGACAACACUCCCGCCGGUGACUCUGGAGGCACUACGGCGUCAGCUGAGUUGGGUGGCUUGGUUGGGCAAGCCGCAGCGUUGUUGAAGUCGCUGCACUCCGUGACAUUGAAGGCGAUCAACGUGAAGUCGCUGGACAUGGGCACUGGGGCGGCGUUGGGUGA